CUAAGAUUCUACUUUUUCCAAUUUUCUUGUAUAAUUUUUGACAUUUCUGCCCACACCGAGAUAUUAGCAUGCUAAUUAACGCAUCAAACCAAUCUCGAUUGCCUGGCUUGAAAGGUAUACUUCACAAGCUUGAUGUUGCUGGCGACAUGGCUAGAGUGGAAGCAAAGAAGUUGCGGGGAAUUGACAUCUGCCCUGCUUCUGGAUCUGCUGUGCUUUCAAGUUUGGACCAUCAAUCAGUCUUCAAAUCAACACGAAUUCAACAGCAAACUUUCGCUUUCGACCACUCUGUCUUUGGCCCCACGUAUCCAUGUAUUGAAUCUACUACAUCGCACGAGCCCGACUAUUUCAAGCCAGCAAAAUUUAAUCUCUAGACGCAGGCACCCGGCAUACAGUACAAUCCCUAUUCAUGGCCACGUCUGCAAUGCAUGUAUCGUGCACAGAGGCGGUUAUGCAUAUACGCGAAAAGCUCGAUCGAGUUUUCAUUGAGCUUAGGGUACUAAUGUAACUUACCCAUAUGAGCUGAAGAGAGAAUGGCAAAGUAUGCACCACGAUAUAUUGCAGAGCAUACGGUGGCCAACAGCGCCUAGAGACCAAAGCGUUUGGCCAAGCAGUAAAGCAA